CUUCUUCGUUUCUUCCUUUCAUGAGAGAUGGAGAAGGCACCCCGGAGGGUGCACCACGGCGGCUCACGCCCACACUCACACACAGCCCAGGGAGGUCCUGGUGGGGCCCAGAGCCUUUACAGAUGCCACGCCACUCCUGGCCCUGUUGUCACUUUCUAAAGAGAGCACAGAGGACAAGGUCUGGCCACUGCAUGCUGAGCUCUCCCCGCUCCGGCCUCCCAGCCCUCCUGCCUGCACGCUGGCCGCCGCCUCCCUUGGGAGCCGCUGCAUGUGCUGUGGUGCUGCAGCUGUGCCGCGCCCACCCCGCCCUGCUGCAGGGCACAUGCAAGCCCCGGCCUGCCCUGGCCUUGCUCUUCAGAAGUAGCACCAGGGCCCCACCCAUGAGGUCCUCAAGGCCACUGUGGAAGAAGGCGCUGGCCGUCACAGUGCUGGGGGGGCCUCUGUUCCUUGGACUCCGCUACUUCAUGGCAGAGGCCCGGGACAGGCGGAAGACGCGGCUUCUGGUGGAGGGCAUCGGGCGCUUUGGCAGGUCCCUGAGGGUCGGCAUACAGAUCUCCCUGGACUACUGGUGGUGCGCGAAUGUCACCCUGCGCGGGGUGGAAGAGAACAGCCCGGGGUACCUAGAGGCGAUGUCGGCGUGUCACCAGCGGGCGGCUGAUGCCCUGGUGGCAGGGGCCAUCAGCAACGGCGGCCUGUAUGUGAAGCUGGGCCAGGGGCUGUGCUCCUUCAACCACCUGCUGCCCCCUGAGUACAUCCGGACCCUGCGUGUGCUGGAGGACAAGGCCCUCACUCGCGGCUUCCGGGAGGUAGACGAGCUGUUCCUCGAGGACUUCCAGGCCCUGCCCCUGGAGCUCUUCCAGGAGUUCGACUACCAGCCGGUGGCAGCUGCCAGCCUUGCACAGGUGCACCGAGCCACCCUGCGGGACGGCACUGUCGUGGCCGUGAAGGUACAGUACAUCGACCUGCGCGACCGCUUCGCUGCCGACGUGCGCACGCUGGAGCUCCUGCUGCGCCUCGUGGAGCUCAUGCACCCCAGCUUCGGCUUCAGCUGGGUCCUGCAGGACCUGAAGGGGACCCUGGCACAGGAGCUGGACUUCGAGAACGAGGGCCGCAAUGCAGAGCGCUGUGCGCGGGAGCUGGAGCAUUUCCGCUUCGUCGUGGUUCCCCGCGUGCACUGGGACAAGUCCAGCAAGCGCGUGCUGACCGCCGACUUCUGCGAGGGCUGCAAGGUCAACGACCUGGAGGCCAUCCGGAGCCAGGGGCUGGCGCAGCGGGAUGUAGCCGAGAAGCUGGUCCGCACUUUCGCAGAGCAGAUAUUCUACACUGGCUUCAUCCACUCUGAUCCCCACCCCGGCAAUGUGCUGGUGCGGAAAGGCCUGGACGGGGAGGCAGAGCUGGUGCUGCUGGACCACGGGCUCUACCAGUUCUUGGACAAGAAGGACCGGUCAGCCUUGUGCCAGCUGUGGCGGGCCAUCAUCCUGCGGGACGAUGCGGCAAUGAAGGCACACGCGGCAGCCCUGGGGGUGCGAGACUCCCUGCUGUUCUCCGAGGGGCUCAUGCAGCGGCCGGUGCGGCUGGGGCGGCUGUGGGGCUCCCGCCUGCUGAGCCGAGAGGAGGUGGCCUACAUGCAGGACAUGGCCCGCGAGCACUUCGCCCGCGUCAUGGACGUGCUCAAGGCCCUGCCGCGGCCCAUGCUGCUCGUGCUGCGCAACCUCAACACCGUGCGUGCCGUCAACGCGGCCCUUGGCACGCCAGUCGACCGCUACUCCCUGAUGGCCAAGAGUGCGGUCAGAGCCCGGAGCCGCCUGCAGGGUGCCGACAGCAGCAGCCUUUGGCACAUCAGGGCCGGCUGGGAGGUGCUCAGGUUCGAGGUGGCCUUGAGGCUGCAGGUCCUGGUGAUGCGACUCACUGCUCUCCUGGUGCGCGCCCUGGCCCACUUGGGGCUCCUGCCCCAUGCAGAGGAGUUCCAGCAGUACCUGGAGGCCUAGGCCACCUGGCCAGCAGCACACCACCUCCGUGGAAGGAGCCAGCCAGAGCCUGCCCACAGGUGCUCCAGAUCCAGGAGCACUGGAGAACUGGCCUGAAUGGGGGACCGCUGAGGGCCAGGAGACUAUGCAAUCACCACACACUUGUCUCAAACAAA